AUGACAACACUUUUCGUAAUAUUAUUUAGUUGUUUUUCGAUAUUACCAUGGUUAACUUCCAUUAUACGUGAAAAAAAUAUUACAUUUACGAAUUCGAUAGAAAUAUCAAAAAACAACAAUUCAAUAAAUUCAAUAAAUGAAUCAAUAAACAUUUGUUCGAUAAGUGAUGCCAGAUACGAUUGUGGUUAUUUUGGUAUAAAUAAAGAACAAUGUGAAUCGAGGUUUUGUUGUUGGCGUCCAUCAGAAGAUGCAGAAGAUAAGUGGUGUUUUUAUAAGAAGGGAGAUCCAUAUUCAUGUGAUAUUGACCCUGCUACCAGAGUUGAUUGUGGAUAUAGGGGAAUACAGGCUUUUGAAUGUAUUAACAUACUAAAUUGUUGUUGGAAUCCUACAGACGUUAUUGGUGGAAAUUACUGUUAUUAUAAGAGUCAACCUUGUAAAGGAUAUAAGGUGGUUAAUGUAGAAUAUCGGGGCAAUGGUCGCGUUCUUAUUGCGGAUCUCGAGUUGAAUGGAAUUGGAUGUGGCUUAUAUGGGCAUGAUUCAAGGCAUCUAAAGUUUCUCGUAGAGUAUGAGACUGCGGAACGGUUGCACGUAAAAAUUUAUGAUCCAAAAGACUGGAGAUUUGAAGUGCCUGAAGAAAUUGUUCCUAUUCCAUUAUCGGAAUCUAUUAACAGUGAUCUGCUUUAUCAUUUUAUAUAUGAUGAAAAUCCUUUCACCUUUUCUAUUGCACGAGCUGAUACAGGAGAAAACAUUAUUGAUACUGAUGUUCCUGGAAUGAAUUCAUUGGUCUUUGAAGAUCAAUACAUGGAAAUUACAUUUAAGCUACCACAAGAUCCAUUUAUUUAUGGGUUAGGUGAAGUAGUAGAUUCACUUCGAAGAGAUCCUCGUGGCACUUUUCAAACCAUUUGGAAUAGAGAUGCUGCUAAUCCUGUAUCUGAAAAUAUUUAUGGAGCGCAACCAUUUUAUUUGGAAAUAAGAAAUGGCACUGCUCAUGGUGUGUUUUUGAGAAAUUCAAAUGGAAUGGAUGUGACUAUCACGCCGGGAAAUCCCGCUAAAUUGAAUUGGAAAGUUAUCGGAGGAGUUUUCGACUUUUAUAUAUUUCUUGGACCGACACCUUCAGACGUUGUCACUCAAUACACGGAAGUUGUUGGAAGGCCAUCACUUCCACCAUACUGGGCUCUUGGAUAUCAUCAGUGUAGAUGGGGAUAUCAUAGUGUGAAAGUAUUAGAAAAGGUGGUAUCGAAGUUUAAAUCUUAUAAUAUUCCAUUGGAGACGAUAUGGACAGAUUUAGAUUAUAUGGAAGGUUUCAAAGAUUUUACAUGGAAUCCCACAAAUUACCCACGUGACGAAAUGGUUAAGUUUUUGAGAAAAUUACAUGAGGAUGAACAACAUUAUGUUGCUAUUGUUGAUCCUGCUAUUAAGAUUGAAGCAGGAUAUUAUCCUUAUGAUGAAGGGAUCCGAAGAAAUGUUUUCAUCAAAAAUUACAAAGAGGAAAAUAUCAUAGGACGCGUUUGGCCAGGAUUAACAGUAUUUCCUGAUUGGUUCAAUGAAGAUACUCCUGUUUAUUGGGGAGAUAUGUUGGAAAGAUGGCUGAAAAAUGUUAUGGUUGAUGGAUUGUGGAUAGACAUGAAUGAGCCUUCGAGUUGGUGUCGAGGAGAAUGUAUCCAAAGAAAAACAAUAUCAAGUGACGAUAUUCAACUGUCACCCCCGCACGAGCAUUGCUUGGAACAAAUUGACAAUUACAUCUCCACUAAGACUCGAUCUCGUAAUCUAAGAAAUCCACCGUAUAAAAUUAAUAAUGGGGCAGUAAGAUUACCAUUAGAUGAAUCGACACUGGCAAUGGAUGCCGUUCAUCAUAAUGGAUUCUUGGAGUAUGAUGUUCAUAAUUUAUUUGGUCAUAUGGAAAGCAUGAUUACAUAUAAUAUUUUGUCUAAAAGAAUAAGGAAAGGAAAGAGACCAUUCAUUAUCACUAGAUCUAAUUUUGCAGGUACUGGGAAAUAUGCUGGUCAUUGGACAGGUGACAACUGGUCAAAUUGGUCAUACCUUUACUAUUCUAUACCCGGGAUCCUUAACUUUCAGAUAUUUGGAAUCCCAUUGGUUGGGGCUGAUAUAUGUGGAUUUGGUGGAGCUGCAACCGAAGAAUUGUGUUUAAGAUGGAUGCAACUUGGAUCCUUUUAUCCGUUUAUGAGAAAUCAUAAUGCAUUAUUAGAACCUGGUCAAGAACCAUAUUUAUGGCCUUCAGUAGCAAUAGUAUCACGAAAGUUUUUGAAUAUCAGAUAUUCUAUGCUACCAUAUUAUUAUACAUUAUUUUAUGAAGCGCAUUCAAAAGGUUCGACAGUAUGGAGACCACUUUUCUUCGAAUUUCCAUCAUCAAAACAUGCAUUGUUAAUCGAUCGACAAUUCAUGAUUGGGUCCGGGUUACUAUUAUCACCAGUGUUGAGUCCACAACAAACCAUUGUUGAAGCGCUUAUCCCUCCAGGACUGUGGUAUGAUUAUUAUACUGAAAAAUUAAGCUUUAAUAUUACUAAUCUUGAUGGAAUAUAUGUCGACUUAUGGGCUCCGUUAGAAGUAUUACCCAUAUUGAUUAGGGGUGGUAAUAUCUUACCUAUGCAGUAUCCCGAAUUAACUACCGCUGCUACUAAAAGAAAUAAUUAUUAUCUGAUUGUGGCAUUAGAUGGAGAAGGAGAUGCUAAAGGGACUCUUUAUGUGGAUGAUGGUGAAAAUAUUGACAUUGGUAAUAAUUUUACUUAUACAACUUUUAUUGUAAAAAAUAGUUCUGCAUUAAUGACACGAUGUGAUCGAUGUGAUCAGAAAAUGAAUGAUGGCACUCAAGGGUAUAAUGUAAAAUCUAAAUUAGAUAAAAUUAUUAUUAUGGGUAUUGGAAAGUAUAAAAAAGCCAUAAAAGAAAUUUUGUUGAACGGAAAUUAUGUCCAAUGUCAUUGGUUUAUUGAUAGAAAUUUAGAAAAAUUAACUCUAUCUGAUUUAGAAUUAAGUUUAAAUAAUCUUUGGAAUUUAACUUGGGUUUAUUAUUAA